GUGCCGGGGCCGGGGCCGGGGCUGGACUUGCACGGGAAACAAGUGGACUUUGCCCAUAGCUUUGCAUCGCUGAGGGGACUCUCGAAUACACGCGCUGUCAUAUUAGGGGCAUUUCUUUCCACGAGAGAAGCGAUAUAUGCUGCUCUGACGUCUGCCUCAGAUAUUUCCCACUUGCUUUUUUUUUUUCCUCUUCUCUCCGCUUCCUCCCCAAUGUGCAUUUUCCCCUCAGCGACUUUGCGCUGAUCUCCAUCAUCAUCUGCAGCAGCGACAAGAGGGGAACGCGGGGAACGAAGAUGCGAUUUUUCUUUUUGUGAGCUCCAAGCUCCAAGCAAGAACUGAAGCUUUAACGACAUCACGUCUGCUUCCAGUAGCACCGCUGCUGCAGCCGCAACCAUGCAUGCUCUUGUGCACACUUGGACCGGGAAAUUCCAUCCACCGAUUUGAGACAACUUUCUGGCUGUUUUCUCGCCAUUCUCGGCACCGCGUUUUGACAUUUGGAAUCGAUUGUGCGCGCUUGAGUUUUGAGCAAGAUGUCCGAUCUGGUGGUGUUGGUCGAGGGGCUCUGUGACCUGCACGGAUUUCCAUAACCGGGGCCAAUUAUUAAGAUUUUUGACACCGAGAAGCCCGCUUGAACACGUCGCACGCGUAGAUGUAGGCUACAGUUUAUUGGACAUUCGACUCCCAUUGUGCUGCUUUUACUUUGUGCAUUUGCCGGACCGAGGGACCAGCUGACUGGUUGGAUUAUAGAUACUAGAAAUCAGGAUUUGUGGAGAUGUCGGGUCGUCAAGAAGAUCAAUUAUGUGGAAUUGUCUCUGCUCUGGCGGCUUUGUCCUUCGCAUGCUUUAUUCAAAGCUCCACUGGAAGCACGGGAAUGUCUGUGGCCAAGACUACCGUGGACAAGUUGCUGAAGGGAUAUGACAUCCGUUUGAGGCCUGAUUUUGGAGGUGCUCCAGUCAUUGUCGGGAUGAGCAUCAACAUAGCAAGCAUCGAUUCCAUCUCCGAAGUAAACAUGGACUACACCAUCACAAUGUAUUUCCAGCAGAGUUGGCGAGAUAAGCGUUUGGCCUAUGGUGAACUGAACCUCAACCUGACUCUGGAUAACCGUGUCGCAGAUCAGCUUUGGCUCCCAGACACCUACUUCCUUAAUGACAAGAAGUCCUUUCUUCACGGAGUGACAGUUAAAAACCGUAUGAUCCGACUGCACCCCGACGGCACCGUCUUGUAUGGGCUGAGAAUAACGACCACGGCCGCUUGCAUGAUGGACCUGAGGAGGUAUCCUCUUGAUGAACAGAACUGCACCUUGGAAAUUGAAAGCUAUGGAUACACCACAGAUGACAUCGUGUUCUUCUGGCAAGGAGGCGACAGCGCUGUGACGGGUGUGGACAAGUUAGAGUUACCUCAGUUCUCCAUUGUGGACAUCCAGUUGGUCUCCAAGGAAGUAAGGUUUACCACAGGUUCUUAUCCGAGGCUUUCGCUGAGUUUCAGGAUUAAGAGGAACAUUGGAUAUUUCAUCUUGCAGACAUAUAUGCCCUCCAUCCUGAUCACCAUUCUAUCCUGGGUCUCCUUCUGGAUCAAUUAUGAUGCCUCUGCAGCUCGUGUUGCCCUGGGUGUGACAACGGUGCUCACCAUGACGACAAUUAACACCCACUUGAGGGAGACUCUCCCAAAGAUCCCCUACGUGAAAGCCAUCGACGUCUACCUCAUGGGCUGUUUUGUGUUUGUGUUCCUGGCCCUGCUGGAAUAUGCCUUUGUAAAUUAUGUAUUCUUUGGCCGGGGCCCGGCACAACAGAAGAAGAUCAAUGAAAGGCUGAAUAAAGUCAACAAUGAGCGCACACGAUACGAAGAGAAGCGCCUAAGGGAACAGGAGUCCAUUUCUGUGCCGUUUCAAACCGACACCUUCAGGUCAUUUACACAGCGAAGAAAUCUGUAUCUCGAGGAACAAAGAAAAGUUGGGGUGGACGCGUACGGCAACAUUCUCCUCACCACUCUGGAGAUGAACAACGAGGUGAUGCCGUCCGACGUGGGCAGCAGUGUCAGUGACUCUCGGAAUUCAGUCAUGUCCUUUGACAGCUCCGGGGUCCAAUUCAGGAAGCCCGCGGCGCCCCGAGAUGGCUUCGGCCACCGCUCGCUGGAUCGCGGCGCCGUGCGGAGCCGGGCCAACUGCCGACUACGGCGGCGCUCGUCCAAGCUCAAGUUGAAAAUCCCAAACCUGUCAGAUGUGAGCACCAUUGACAAGUGGUCCCGGGUCAUCUUCCCAAUCACUUUUGGAUUUUUCAACCUCAUCUACUGGCUGUACUAUGUGAAUUGAUGCGCAUCCCACUAGGAAUCAUGGGCCAUAUUUUGAGAGCACAUUGAAUUGGCUUUGAUACAGUUCCAAAAUAUGUUAUACACAUACAGGUUGAACAUAUGUAUAUGCAUAUUUCUAUACAGUAUAUUAUAUUUAUAUAUAUACACACACACACACACACACACACACACACACAGGAAACCUGAAAGACUUUUCUGCUGUACAAAGUAUGAAUAGGAUGACUUGAAUGUUUAAAAAAAAAAAAGGCUUUGAGUUCCUUUUUCCUCCUGAAACCAACAAACUAGCAAAGACGAGAUCCCCGCAGGGAUUUUUGGAACGACAAGACCGCAUGAUAUUUUUGCUACGAAAAAAGAAAAAAGACAAAAAAGAGAAGCAAAAGCUCUUGAGGGAGGGAGAGAAGAUGCCCACUUUGACUUUUUCUUGAUUCUGGUUGUAAUCAGAAAUCCUCUCCUGCAGCUCAUGAAAUCAGCCCGAGCGAGGUCCUCGAACACCUCCCCCCCCCCCCCCCCCCCGUCCCCCAUGUAGCCCGUGGAUACAAAGUGCACGAAGAUCUCCCGGUUCCACCGUGUACAGCAACCUUGUUCGGAAUACGCGUUGUUCCUUCGAGAUUUUCUAUUUUAUUUCGGGUGGAGGCGUUCAUCGAUCACAUUUGUGCACCGGUCAACGUAAACGUCAAAUGACAUUUUCAGGUGAUGGCAGGGCGGCGGGGUGCACUUUUCGUUCUGGUUUAAAACAAGUGCUGAUUAUUGUAGAUAUGAUUUUGUCUUGAAAAAUACUGUGAUUUCAGAGUGUGGGAAAAUGUUCUAAAAGCUAGGGCAUUACAAGAUCCAAGUUUCGCAUUCCUCAUUUGGAUGGUUUGAAAGAAGAACAUUGUGUACAUUUUCUCAUGAACGUAUAUUUGUACUGUUUAUUUCCUCUUGUUGAUUGAGUUACACGCUCUUUCGAUCACGGACGUCAUAUCCUGCUUUGUGUUUGCGAAAAAGGAAAUGGGGCGGGCUGAUGCGUCGCUUUUGUGAUUCGUUGGAACCAAUCCGCAGUGUAAGUGUCGCAAUGAUGUCCGUUGAACAGAGUCGACCUAUCGGGCGGGCCACAGUUUUGUUACGUCGUGUUCACGGUUUAUUUGUCUGUUGAGCAUCUCUUCAGUGUUGGACUUGUUGUUGAGAAGCAGAAGUGGAAUAGAGUAGUUCAAGGGUCACAGACCGGAGGUAUGGAUUCAACAUUUUGAAGCCAAACGUGCAAACCCUCAAGUCUCAAGCUCACUUCAAAUGACAGCCCAAAGUAGCCCUGUAUUGUUUUGUUCUACUCUGUAAUGCAAAUGGUAGCCUCGGAGUUGGUUUCAGACUGGAAAAUCCAAACUUUCAAUUUUGAAAACAAAAAAAAGACACUUAGACUGCAACUACAAGGUCUAGACUCCGCAGCAGGCAAUAAGAGGAUAUUUGUAUACCUGCCCAACAUACCUUCCCUUUUAACUUUAAGGGCUCUAUUUUCCUAGAUGGCGUAGCUGAGCUGGAGCGUAAGCACUGGCGUAGCUUGAUUUUCGUGUAGGCGCCUUUGCCGAUUUGGCACACUCGCCUGUGUCGGCUCAGAGCGGGCGUGCCCUUGGAAAUUUGAUGUUUCAACUUACGCCUACCGGGACCAACGGUGGCUAAUGUCAAGAUGUACCACCCGUUGUUUUUGGACCCGUUUAGAAUUAGAUCGGUGGAAUAUUUUUGCUCGGCACCGAGACGUCGCGCCGCAUUUAAGGGGAAUGAAAUGAGGCGCUUCGAUUGGACAGGAUGAAAGUCAACUGAACACGGCCACACCAGCGCAGAUGUGCCGCUUUUAAAUGCGCCGGGGCUUCGCGAACUUACCGAAACUGGGUCUAGGCUGCCUGCUCGCGGAGUUAGGCCAAGCAACAGCGCUGGAUUUAAGCAGCCACGAAAAUAGAGCCCAAAGUCUCCCAUGAGAAAGUCAACGUGAGUCGAUUCUGCAUAUUGAAAAUUGGAAUGGGAAUAUCUGAAUUGCCGCCCCGCACGAUGUAUUUAUCCAUAAUUGGUCAAGUAGAAGAUUCAGGUGGUCAGCUUUUGUUUUUUUCAAGCAUAUUGCAGAUGUAAGCUAGUGAUUAAAGAUGCUUAUGCUUUGCAAUGUCCAUGUUGCUAGAUUAUCAUUGAUCAAUGUAGAAAAAGGUGGCAUGGGUUGUGAAGGAAUGGUUCACAUCAUAGUACAGUUUUCAUUUUGGUCGUUUUGCUAAAAGUGGAUAGUUGCAAGAAAAGUAUUUGUGUUUGUAUUUGAAAAGCAACUCAAGCAUCAACUGUUGCGCUCUUUUUCACGUGAGCAAAAAAGCAGCCCUUGCAUGCGUCACAUUACGUUCCCCUGUCGUCACGGCUUUCCGGGUGCGGAAUGAGCACGUUCGCCCCGAAAGCCGUGAGGAGUUUAUGUUUGAUGAUGUGCUACUAGCACGUGCGCUUCUACAAGAGAGAGCUUACGUUGGUUUAACAUGUCGAAGGUGUGGAGGAGGGGGCUGUUGAUCUGAGUUCAAUGUGACUUGUUCUUGCCUCGAGUGUAUAUGUGUAAUUACAUGUAAUUACUGUACUGUAAAUAUGAUAUCUUUCACUUAAUAGUUCUGCAUGCAUGAACAAAAACACGGCAGUUGGCAAAUACCAACUCGCCUCACUGCUAACGGCAUGGACAGCUUCUCUAGCAUUGGCAUACUUCUUGCAAACAAAACCGAGAAUUCCCCCCCAAAAAAAACAAACAAAAGGACGCGUGUUGACAAAAUAAUGGAGAAUUCAACAAGUCCUCUCACAGUGAUGGAGUUUGCGGAGACUGUUGAGGUUCGCCUGCCCCCCAAGGGCAAAGCUAAUGUCGACUUAAGCUUCGGCUCACUGUCGGCGAAUGGGAUGGAGUCGCCUUGAAUGAAAUGAGGCGUUUACCUCAACCAUUAACCAAUCACUAAUUCACCUCUCUUUAUUUCUACAUAUAUAUAUAUAUAUAUAUAUAUAUAUAUUGAACAAAAGGGCAUUACGGCCAAGCGGCUAGAGGAGCAGGAUAUGCCUUAAGAAGGCGAGGGGGAUGUUCUUUCCUGUUCCUCGAAAAUACGACGCUGUCGUGUGCCCUUGAGCAAGGUACAUAGCCAAGUCCUCGUGCAGCCGCUCCCUUACCGGCGAUAGACCUUAACGUGUGCAGUCCGUAAAGAGGGAUUUUCCAAACACUGAGCCAAUAGAAAAGGAGCCGAAUAAAGUCCCAAUGUCAAAUGUUGUUACCGUGAAAGCGCAGGAUAAGACUGUACGUGACAACAAAAGAGGCGCUUUGUCUGGUGCUUUCUCAGGAACGCACAUUAGACCGUUCAUAUUCAUGAUGAUCUUCACGAAACCUGGAAUAAGGCGGAACUUGACGAGAUCCUGGACGGUCCUCAUCCCAACGCAGGCAAAUAUGUCUUCCUUGUAAUAUUCCGACAUUAUUCUCCAAAACAUGCAAUUAUUCACCAAACAUUCCGACUUUAUUCUCACAGCAUUUGGCCCUAGCCGUUUUUUUGUACGACAUCAAGCAAAAUAGUACAAAGUGCAAGGUCAUCGACUGAUAGUAGGGAUAAUGAGUAUUUCCUAUUUGAAAUGAGCUUGAAUCAAAAUGAAGCAGGCCAAUUUCAUCCACCAAAGCCCAGACCAAGGCUGACAUGCAGACUUCUCACUGUUGGAAGAACUUUAGUUGCUGCAUUCAUUAUUUUGUGUACACCAAGCAAGGUUUACUUUUGCAUGACCUGACCUCUGGAAGGUUUCUUUCCUUAACCUCGUCCUAUUUCUUAGUCGGCAUCAUAUGAUUCAUCACCGCAGCCAGGACGAGAAGGAUCCAGUGUUUACAUGCUCAAAUUGCACUUGUUUUACAGCCAGCUCUAUUCAAUCUUGUUCGACAAACCUUUCGUCAUUAAAAAAAACAAAACAACAAAACCAUACAAAUAAGACCAAAUGUAAACACGGAACGAACAUGUUGGGAUUCAUGUGAAUCGCAGCGCAAAUGCACCGCAGCUUGUCGUCAAGCGCACAAUUUGAUCGGGUUCGGCACGCCCUGACCGGCUACAAAGGAUGGAAAGGAUGCGGCCCACAUAAGCCAUGUGAGCGGGUGUUCCCCAUAUUUUCCCUGUGAGGAGCUCCCUUUGGUUAUUAUGGGCUGUUGUUGAUUGCCAUUUGGCGAUACUUGCCAGAAGCUUCCCACUUAACACAUCAUUGUGCCUCCGUCUUUUCCGUUGCGCUUGCCGAGCAGGGAGACCAGCUCACGGUCGGUAGAAAUUGGCGAAACGCACGCGAUACAAUCCGCAAAACCAGCCCCUUCGUUUUUUGGGACUCUAAAUUGAUAACGUGUUUGGCCUCAUUCCUGUGUUCAUUUAUGAUUUGUUGUAUUUGUUGCAUUUGUUAUGGAUUGUUAUUCUUGUCGUUGUUGUUGUUUAAUCACGAGAAAGCAAAUGUGAUUCGUCGGCUAUAACUGGCACCGGAAGAAAAACAAUGCAUAUUUGUUUGGGUUUUCCUUCACAUUGGAGCGCUUUUUUCAGUUGUUUAAUGAGGUGUUUGAUUUCAUUUGGAGUAUCGUACCCAUGGAAAUCAACAUUUGUGUGGUAUGAUCUUGUAUUAUUUCGUUCUUUUGUCAGUGCAAAUUAAUGUUACGGUGUCAAUCAGCUUUUGUAGGUGUUUGAACAAAAUGUGUUUUUUUUACAAAUACAAGGUGUUCAAGUAUGUGGUAUAAAAAAAAAGGGUUAUCAUUCAAACAACGGACUUUUUUUUACAAAUAAAGGCUUAUACAGUAAAAAGGAAAAAAAAGCUAUGUCUUUUCAUUUGCCCUUUGAGGACUAAUAAAACAUCAGUACUGUA